AGUCAACAAUAGUUCUCCAACAUGGCAAAAGGCGAUGUUUUUUUUUUGAUAUUUUAAAAUUGUUGUAAGCUAUUUCAACACAAGCCGAUACGUCUUUUGCCUUACGAGUACAAAACGUCCACAUUUUCGUAAUUUGAUCUCAAGCGCCGCAAAGCUUCUAAUAAAGUCGCAGCCAAACAGUCGAAGGGAGGGCAGUGCGGGCCGAAGUUCCAAGCUGGAUUGGGGUGUCAUAGUUUGGGGUUGACAUACGCAGUCUUUGUGCCUGCUUUCGCUCAUGCGUGUGCGUCAGGCCGCCAUGGAACAUAAACGGUGGAAAAUAAUCCUCUCCAUGCUGCUGCACAUGCUAAGUGUUGCUUCAGCUUUACCUCCGAGAUGUGACGCAGGGAUUCGAGGGCACUGCAGGCCAAUAGUGGAAGAAAAACCCAAAUGCACGGACAUGCAGCUGUCGUACUGCGAAGACAUGCCGUACUCCCAGACCCUAUUCCCCAACAUCCUGGGACACAGCACUCGCCAAGAGGCAGAGAGCGGAGUCGAGUACCUCCUCAUGAGCGUCAUCGAGUCCCUGCUGGGCGGAGAAUGCAAUCCCGACAUCCGCAUGCUAGGAUGCUCCGUGUUAGCGCCGCGCUGCGAGAAGGACAAGGUGAUGAAGCCCUGUCGCUCCGUUUGUGAGGCGGCGAGGAAAAGGUGCAUCCACGCCUUCGAGGCCAUUGAAAUGGCCUGGCCCUACUUCCUGGACUGUGACCGCUUCUUCGUAGGGGAGGAAGAAGGAUGCUACGACCCGAUAAAGGACCUCAAAGCGCAGUCGGACGGAUACGACGAUUACUUCCUGCUGGACGUUCCCCCGGUGGAGCCGGCCCUGAAGAUCAAGUUCACGUAUCACUCCAACGCUCAGAUGAACAGCAUCCUGAAGAAAACCCAACAGGAAUGUGCCGACAUUGCAAAAACCUACAGUAUCGGCCGCAGCAUGGAGGGCAGGGAGAUGCUGGUCAUUGAGUUCUCCGACAACCCCGGACAACACGAAUUAUUGGAGCCAGAGAUGAAGUUUGUGGCCAACGUUCACGGUGACGAAGUCGUAGGCCGCCAGUUGCUCAUCUACUUGGCUCAGCACCUUUGUUCGGAAUAUCGUCUUGGAAACGAACGCAUCCAGACACUCAUCAACACCACUCGCAUCCACAUUCUGCCCUCCAUCAACCCUGACGGCUACGAGCUCGCAGUGUCCGGACAAAAUGACAGAGGCGGCGGUGAUGACGAUGAAGAGGGUCACAGAUAUGUUUCCUCCAACGUCGGCCGAAACAACGCCCAGAACAUCGAUCUGAACCGAAACUUCCCUGACUUGACCUCCAUUGUUUACAGUCGACGUCGGCAAAAGACUUACCGGACAGACCACAUCCCCAUACCGGACCAUUAUUGGUUUGGCAAGGUAGCACCUGAGACGUAUGCCGUGAUGAAAUGGAUUCGAUCUAUCCCAUUCGUGCUAUCCGCUAACUUCCACGGAGGAGAUCUGGUGGUGUCAUACCCGUACGAUCGAUCCAAGCACCCGCUGGAUCUUAAUCUCUUCUCUCCUACGCCAGACGACAAGGUGUUUAAGUUUCUGGCAAGAACCUACGCAAGCACCCAUGAAGGCAUGCACACCGGGAAUGUUCCUUGUGGAUCAGCUCACGCUCACAGCCAGAAGGGAACCGUUAAUGGUGCACAGUGGUCCAGCAAUGCAGGAGGGAUGCAAGACUUCAACUAUCUCCACACCAACUGCUUUGAGCUGACAAUGGAGUUGGGAUGUGAGAAAUUUCCCCCCGAGGAUGAACUGUUCAUCAGCUGGCACGAGAACCAGGAAGCCAUGUUGUCCUUCAUAGAAGCGGCCCACAGAGGCAUCAAAGGCAUCGUGAAAGACGUGGUAGGAAACGGCAUAAAAGGCGCCAGGAUAUCAGUACGAGGAAUACGCCAUGACAUCACUACAGCUGACAAUGGUGAAUACUGGCGCCUCCUCACCCCGGGCAUCCACAUCGUGACGGCGUCGGCGCCAGGCUACGCGCGAGCAGCCAAGAAGGUCCAACUUCCCCCCACGAUGCACAGCGCCGGGCGGGUGGACUUCGUGUUGGAGAAGGUGGCGCUGGAGCCCAACCAGCCGGAGGAGGAGGAGGCCGCCGCCUAUGACCGCUUUGACCCUAACAACCAAUACGAACGCUACAUCCUGAUGGCCGAUGUCAGCUCCCCCCGAGAGGAACGUGUGGAGAAGCCCUGGUGGUGGAGCUACUUUGUCCUGCCGGGGGUGCCCUCUCCCACCUGGCUGCUUAAAAGUCACUAAACUACCAAAUUGUUGACCAUUUUGCAACAUAUUUCAACACUAACACCGCCUUUCCUGGACAUUUUCUUCAUUUUUUACGCAAUAUUCCUCUCUUGUAAUUUAUGUUUCAUGCUUCACUCCAUAAAUCUAAUCUUCACACACCGUAAACAAAUCAGUUGGCCACUAGUGGGCAACAAUACUCCAAUUUUUGACCAUGUAAGGAUUUUUAUUAUGCUUUAGUUUUUUUUCUUUGUUCUUUUCUGUAAAUAAACACACAGAUGAGUCUUUAAUGCA